UAAGAAAAAACAAUUAUUACAUGUUAUAUAAUUGGUAGAAAAAAAAAUCUGUUGCUAAACAGCGACAUCUAUCUAUGGUUGCGGAACUGAAUGUGACAGGACAAAAACACGCUUGUUUUGUGAGGUUAUGUCGCGUUGUUAUUAUUGCGUGAAGAGGUGUCGGUCAUUGGUGCAGUGUUUGUUGUUGUGGUGAUAACGCGAAGAAAUUAUGAGCGAGGAGACGGGGGAACGGCAAGCGCCGCGUAACAAUAAACGAAAGAGACCGAAAAGCUUCUUCCAGAAGGCGAAGAAGUUCCAAAAGCAAGGCCGUUUCGGUAUGGGAUACCGUCUGGACGAGGACACUUACGCAUACUUCGUGAGGAUUCUGGAAACUUACAAAGCUGGCUUUGAAACAGACGAAGAUAAGAAUGUUUUUGUGAAUAAUGUUUUUAUGGAGAUGGACGGAAACGAAAUUGACUAUUCCUCGAAUCAGAUUGGGUGCAGGGUGAUAGAAACUUUGAUGCCGUUUGCAAGCGAUGAGAUCCUGCAGAAAUUCUUGACGGCUUUCGGGGAGAGUCUCAGGGGGUUGUGCAGCGAUCGCUUUGCCAGUCACAUUGUUGAAGCUUUAUUGAUGGAGUCGACGAAGAGGUCUUUCAGUGAUAAGGAUGGAGAGACGUAUAAGAAGUUUUCGAUUAAGUAUAGCAAGUUUUUGUUGAACAAUCUCGAGGAUUACAUCAAAGACACGUACGGGAAUCACACUUUGAGGGCGGUGUUGUACGCGUUAUCUGGUGUACCGAAGACUGGCGAAGCGACUGAGGAGGAGAUUGAAUUGCCGGAGGAAUAUACGGCGAUUUUGAACGAUUUCGGUGGAAGAUUGGUGCUUUGGCCCCAUCUCAAAGAUUUGGCUUACGAGGAGUUGCCUUCGGGGUUGCUGCAGGUGAUGCUUAAAGUUCAGAGCAAAGUUAAUCCGAAAUUGGCGAGGCGGUACGUGAAGAGGUUCAUCGAGGAGAGUUUCGUGGCGGAGCAGGUUUUCGUGUCGAAGCCGUGCACGAUGCUGCUGGAGGCGACGCUUCAGUACUCCACGGAGGAGGAGUACGGUGAAUUGCACAAGAAAUGCUUCGAGAAUAAGAUUGCCGAGUUGGCGUUGAACAGGAACACGAAUUAUUCGGUGCAGAGGUUGCUGGAGUUCGCGAAAGGUAAAGAAGUUUUAGAAGGGAUAUUCGUCGAGCUGGAUGAGAAGUUCAAGGAGAUCUUGGAGGCCGGACAUCCGGCUGUACUGCAGGCGCUGGGGAAGGCCUGCAAGAAUCUGGGGGCGAAGCAGGGACCUUACAUGAACGCCAUGAUGAAGGCGUUCGAUUGCCACGAACCGAACGAGAGGCAGAGCAAGUUCGUGAUGUGCAUGUCCAGGUUCAAGAAGUACGACGACGUCGUCGCGGACGCUGGCAACGAUUUGGAAAAGGAAAUCCUCAACAUCCACGGCACAGUCAUCCUCCAGCACAUGCUCGAGUUCAAUAAACCCAUCAAAUUGGUGAACGCGCUCUUCGCGAUGGACGCGACCGAAUUGCAAGGACUCUUCUCCAACAGCAAGGGCAGUCACAUAAUCGACACCUACUUCAAAAGCAAAUGGAUCGGUGAGAAGAACAAGGAGAAACUCAUACAGAAAAUGCAGGGUUGUUAUCAACAGUUAGCUUCGUCCAAGUACGGAUCGAGAAGCUUCGAUGCUCUCUGGGAGGCGGCUUCGGAUAAAUGGAAGACGACCAUCAUGAACGAGUUGAGCUCCAAAGAUGCCGCCUGGAGCAACAGCCAGUUCGGCAAAAUCAUUGCGUUCAAGGUUAAUCUGUUGCUGUACAAACGGAACAGGGAGGAGUGGAAGAUCAAUUGCGGAAAACCGGCGAAGACCAAGAAGGAUUUGGUCAAGGAUGUUUUAGAAUCUUAGUUGAUUAAAUAUAUAUAAUUAUA